CAUCUGGCAUCGCACGAUUUUUUUAAAUUUUUUGCUUGCUUGCUUCAUUUUCGUCAACGCUUGCCUGACGUUGUGAAUUAUUAUUACUGCCUGAUUAAUUAAUUACCUUGAAUUCAACAGAUUAUUUGUGUAUUUCUUCUGUGUACUUCGGCUACAACAUGCCCGGUCUAGAGCCGCCUAUGAGUGACGAAGAUUAUAUUAUAACAAGAGCUAAAGAAGCGCAGAAACACAAUAUUCAUUCCGCUAAGGCAUGGAUGCUUACGGCGAAGACUUUGUUUCCCUCUAAUUUUAAAAUUCAAUUUGAAGCUUAUUUAAUGGAAAAGCAAUCUGGAAAUGUCCAAGAAGCUGCAGAAUGCUUUAGUUCAUUGAUGAUGUCAAGACAAAAUCUUCCCGAUCUGUUAUCCGAGAUAUCUGCCAUCGCAAAUGCAUUAAAAACUACUGAAACGAGUUUUUUGAGUCAAAUGUUUGAUAACAUAAUACCUGAUAUUCAAUUAACCAUUCUAAAAACAAGUCUAGAAAAUAGCGAUGAUACUAUGGAACACUGUCGGUUACUGGUACUUUUACUGAAAAAGUUUCCACAGCUGGGUGUUGACAGUCUUGUGAAAACGUUAAUAAAUGCAGAAAAGUUUUUCUAUGAUAAUCGGUAUGCUAGAUUACUUGUGGUGGAGACCUUACCACUUUUGAGCUCAUUAGAAUCCCCGAGACUACUUCAACGUUUAUUAGUCAAAGCAAUAGAUUUCUACAACUCUUAUGUGUAUGAUGAAACAGAACAUGAUAUAGCAGACCCAUGGCAGAGGCUCUAUGGAGUACUUGAUUUAUUAGGAAGACAACUGGGAUGGGACUCAUACUUGGUCAACUACAGUAAUAGCUUGAAUAAAGAUACAUAUUUCCAGAAACUAUUGUCUUUGAGAAAUUGUGAAGAUUGUCGACAACUUUUGUAUUGUGGCACAACUUUCUUUUUAAGAGCCCUUUAUGAACAACGUUCUAUGAAGGGUAAUCAUAUAUUAGUGGAAGCAUUAUUUGAUCCUGAUCAGCCACCACCCAAAAGAAGGAAAGGUGAUGUAGAGGUGACUGGUGCAUCUGCACAUCAGUUCCAAGCUGCAGCCAACUGCUGGGAGCUGCUGCAUAGCAAUGAAGUCAUUUCCCGUGAAUUCUCAAAGUUGACUAGUCAGCUGCAAGUCAAACCAUGGACUGAAGGCUUUGUUGAAGAGUUAGCUCUCUUUCGUGGACGUUAUGAUGAAGCCCUUCCGCCCUCCACUUCCAACUGUCUUGUAAGCAAUAUUGUGAGAGUUUCGAUCAAUUUCUCCCUGAAAAAAUAUGCACCUUGUAUUGAAAACAUUUUGGGUGCAUUACCACAACUUCCAAAUGUUGAAGGAGCUUUGGAAACAGAAUUAAUUAUUGGUGGUAAAAAUAGACACUUGCACUUUUUGCCACUGAGUAAAAUGCCUAUUAUGCACUAUUUUUGUACUUUGUUAAUAAGGAUCCUGCUUAAUUCAGGAAACAAUUCAGAUUUAACAUAUGGACAUAUUUUAGUGUUGAUGCAGCUGGGUUGGCCCCAAGAAGAAGCAAUUUUCAUCCGAAUAUUGGAUAUAAUAAGACAAAGUGGUGUUUUUCAUUAUCACCUCUUCUCAGCUUAUAUUAUACAUAUUGAUAUAUUGGAAGAACUCAGUUUCAUAUGGAAUGAACAGGGGAAUAAUGUUGCUCUGGACAUUCUGCCCAACUCACAGCAACAUUUGGGCCAAAGAAGAAUUGGUACUCGUGGAGCUGACAAAGGAGUUAAGGAAGACUUCAAACAAGCAAUGAAAGCACAAGUAUCCAGAAGUAAUGAGUCUAUAUUGAACUUAAUGAUACAGUUUAUAACAUCAGAAAGGUCAUAUCUCUUACAAAUAUUAUGAUCACAUUGUUUUAUGGUUCCUUGUCCACCAUAUAAAUAAAGGACAUGGUGAAACGGUUUAUGCAAAUUACAACACUCCUUUUCUUUAGUAAUCUGGUUACAUACAAAAAAUAUUGUACAUUGGUCAAAUAAAGAUUUAUAUGACAAAGUAA